CUCAAGAUACCAGUUACGUAUAGAAGUAAGAGCAGACCAAAAUCAAUUAAUAUAUUUUUACUACUACUUGCCCAGAAAGGAAUUUACUCUUCAAUAUAUGGAAGCGGAGAAGAGGAAACGGGAAGAUAACGGCGAGUUGGAGGGGAAGAGAGUGAAGAAGAAGGCGGAGGAUUGUAACGGAGGGAAGAAGACGGUGACGGACACGGAGGUGGAUGAGUUCUUCGCGAUACUGCGGAGGAUACACGUGGCCGUCAAGUAUUUCGAGAAGGGUACUAAUGACAAAUCCAGCCGUGAGUUGACGGCAAUGAAGAAGGGGUCGUGGAACCCCUCGUUUGUGUUGGAGGAUUUCGUGGAUGAUAACGGCGUUAAAGAUGACGGAGAAAGAGAGAUUUUUGAGGAAGGGACUCCCAGUUUGGAUCUUAACUUGGGUCUAACAUUCAAAGGCAACAAUAUUUAAUAAAUGCUACUGCUUUAUUGCUUGCUUCAUAUAUAUAUAUAUAUAUAUAUAUGGGAAGGUACUAUUACAUGUAUUAUUAGUCUUCUCUUUUUUUCUUUUUUGUGGGGAGGUCGUCGUUAACUCCUAAGGAAUGGAACAGUAAUUCUUGCAAGUGCCUCUAAAUUGCGAAUAUUUCAUCUUUUAUACAAAGCCGAAUUUUGUAC